UUUUUUUCCUUCUUUCUUUCUUUGUUUCUUUCUUCAUUAUUCACUUUAUUUCUUUUUGAACCAUGGCACCCAAAACACCUAUUGACCCUAAUGCUGCUGGUCCCAUGUUCCAAUAUCAAGCCAAUUUACCAAAGUUACCAGUUCCCGAAUUGAACCGUACUAUUGCAAUGUAUUUGAAAUCCGUACGACCUUUAUUGUCAGAUGCUGAAUAUCAAAAAACAGAACAAGCAGCCAAGGAAUUUAUCGCCCCUGGUGGUCUUGGUCAAGAAUUACAAAAGCGUUUAGUAGCUCGCGCUCAAGAUCCAAAUAUUGUUAACUGGAUGGAAGAAUGGUGGUUGGAUCAAGCUUAUAUGGGUUAUCGUGACUCUGUAGUUAUCAAUGUUAGUUACUUCUUUGCUUAUAAGGAUGAUAAACUUCGAAAGAAACCUGCUCAACGUGCUGCUGCCAUUACCACAGCUGCUCUUGAAUUCAAGAAGGAUAUUGUUCAAAAAACAUUGCCUAUUGAAUAUGCUAAGGGUGAACCUUUAUGUAUGGACUCUUACAAGUACAUGUUCAACAAUUGUCGUAUUCCCAAAAAACCCUCGGAUAUUGAAAUCAGUUUUGAUCCUAUUGAAAACACUCAUAUCAUUGUUAUUCGCAAGAAUCGAUUCUAUUUUGUGGACGUGGUUCACAAUGGUCAACAACUCUCCACCACUGAAAUAGAACAACAAUUCCAACGUGUUAUUGAUCUUGCCGGCCAAGACAAAGGAUUACCUUUGGGUGUAUUGACUACUGAAAACCGUGAUAACUGGACAGAUGCUCGUGAAGCUUUAUUGGCUGCUCAUGGUGAAAAUAAGGCUGCUUUGGAAAAGAUUGAAUCUGCUAGUUUUGUUGUAUGUUUGGAUGAUUAUUCCCCUGUGACUCGUGAUGAAUUGUCUCGUGCUUGUUGGCAUGGUGAUGGUCGUAAUCGUUUCUUUGAUAAACCUUUACAAUUUGCAGUGUUUGAAAAUGGCAAGGCUGGUUUUAUUGGUGAACACUCUUGUAUGGAUGGUAUGGUCACUGCUCGAUUGAAUAACUAUAUUUGUGAAAGUUUAGCCAAGAAUAAGGUGAAUCAUGGUACUGUCUCUGUACGUCCUAGCCUUCCUCAACCUGUCGAAAUUCAACUUUAUGCUGAUGAUGCUGUCAAGGGUCAUAUUGCUUUAGCUGAAAAGAACUUUGAUGCUGCUAUUGCCAAUCAUGAUUUGACUGUGCUUGCUUUCAAUGGUCUUGGCAAGAACCAAAUCAAGAAAUUCAAGUGCUCUCCUGAUGGUUUUGCACAAAUGGUGAUUCAAUUAGCUUAUUACAAGAUGUUUGGUGUUAGUCGUGCUACUUAUGAAGCUGGUAUGACUCGCAAAUUCCAACGUGGUCGUACUGAAACCAACCGUACUGUGUCUAAUGAAAGUAUUGCGUUUGUGAAGGCUAUGGAAGAUCCUUCAGUGCCUGAUACGGAAAAAAUUGCCUUAUUCCGUACUGCUUUGAAGGCUCAAGGUGCUUAUAUGGGACAAGCUACUAAUGCUCAUGGUGUGGAUCGUCACUUAUUUGGACUCAAGAACUCCUUACGUCCCAAUGAAACUAAACCUAGUUUAUUCACUGAUCCUAGCUUUGGUAAGACUUCUCACUGGUAUUUAUCUACAUCUCAAUUGGCUUCCGAAUACUUUGAUGGUUAUGGAUGGGGUCAAGUUGUACCUGAUGGUUUUGGUAUUGCUUAUAUGGUGAACAAUCAUGUGAUUCAAUUUAAUGUAGCUAGUGUCAAGGAUCUAACAAUUGACGGCAAGAAAUAUGUGAAUGGUACUGUUCAUUUUAGACAAGCUUUGGAAAGUGCUUGUGAAGAUCUUCGUGAAUUAUUAUCCAAUGAAAUCCCUGCUCAAGCCAAACUUUAGACUGUAAAUCAUUUCCCAUUAUAUUUCCCUUUUAGUGUAUAGCCCAAUUAUUAUAUACAUAUUAUAAUCAAUAAAAAUAUAUCUGUAUUGAUUCAAUUGUUUCUCCUUUU